GGGCUGAUUGUUUUGCAUUUCUGUAGGAGCACUGAGUGGAAGGAAGAAGAUCAGUGGGUUUUUGAAGCUGUUCUCCGUCAGUACCCACGGGAUCUUCCCAGGAGAAGGACUUUGUACCUGGAUGCGCUGCAGAGGUACCUUCCUCACAAGUCUAGGCACGAUCUGGUUGCUCAUGAGGAGGCUUGGAGUCGUCACAACUUCAUCAGGAGCCAGCACAGAGUCCUGAUGUUACAUUGGGCUGAAGCCAGGAAGGGUUUUUUACUGAGGGCAGCGGCGGCGGUGGCCGAGGCCUCUGCAGCCCACGAGGCAGAAGUGGCGCUGGCUGAGAGCAGGCAAAGGCAGCAGCAGAUCUGUGCUGACCUGAAAGCCAAGGUUCUGCAAUGGCGAGCGCGGCAGGAGGAGGCUGCGCAACUGGAGGCUGCUGUGGCUGCCAGGAGAAAGGAGCAGGAGGAUGAGGCAGAGAGGCUGCAGAAAGAGCAGGAAACGAUCCGCAGAGCUCAGCAAAAGGAGAAGGUGAAGAAGUACUGGGCUGAGAAGCAGCUCAAGCGGCGAGAACAGGAAGAGAAGGAUCUGCGGCGUCUGGAGGAAUUAAGGAAAUUAAUGGCUGAGCAAGCAGUUAAAGACAGAGAAAGGGUGAAGUUCAGGCAGGAGCUCCUGGAUCAGCGGAUGCUGCAGAGGAGGGAAGCGGCAAUUCGGGAAGCACAGGAGAAGGAGGAAAGGGAGCAGAGCCUGCGAGCGCUGUGCCAGCAGGUUGCCGUUGUUGCGAGGUCGGACCCAGCCAGAGUAGUGGCCGAUACGGUGGCGUCCAAAGCUCGGAUGGGCAUUGGAGCCAAGAAGGAGUUCGAUCUCCUGAAGCCCCUGUUUAAGUUGCACACGUACAAUGAGCAGCAGAUCGUCUCUGACCCCAGACUUCGUGUUGAGUUGGCCCUUCGGGAAGCUGGGCUUCACAAGAGCCGCUAUGCAAAAGAGAUUUUACCAAUGAUCCCUCCGCCGAAGCUCCCGAGAAGAGACAUGGAGUCCACGGCGCUGAGGAUGUAG